UGUUUUUCCUACAAAGAACAGCUCACCCCCUAAUAAACUUCAUGGCAACAUCCCGAGUACCGACACUAUUUACGAAGCCUUGGAGAUAUCACCGUCGUCUCCUACCAUUCCGCCCAGUACUUCAAUUUUGUCCCCUCAUGACUUCUGCUUCGGCUGCUCAGCGGGUGGAUUCAUCCACGGAUCCCAGUGUAGACCUGCACGGGGUAAAGGCAGCCCUUGCGAAGGCUUUCCUUCACCUAUAUUUCAAGAGCGUGCGUUGGGCUAGUGUCUUUAGUUCUGUCGCUCGGGGAACGGCACAUGAACGGAGUGAUGUCGAUCUUCUUGUCAUCGUGUCACCCCGCAACCGGUCCGACCCGCCUCCGCCGCCGGAUACGCAACUCCUCGAAGAUGCCCUGCCGCAAGCUCUGGGCAAACCUGUAGACGUGGUUUAUAUUGAAGAAGGACAGGCGGCGCUGCGUGGAUACAUCCAACUAGAGGCAUUGCUGACCAGCAAGACGGUGUACAUUCGAGACCAUGGAGUUCGGCCUGAGGUGGUUCGCCUUCGGAAACUUUGCGAAGAUUGUCUCCAACAAGGGCAUUCGCGGUUCACUACUGUUUUCGAUCAAAUCCAACGAGUUCGUGAUGAAUUUUAUGGCGUGUCCAAAGAGGCCUUCCUAGGGUUGCCAGAGCCGCAGAAAACUGCCGCUCUAGCACAACUGGAAUCUCUUCUCGAGCUUCUAGACAUUCAGCCCCCAUCCGACCCCAUGCAUGAAGGGUUCUGGUUCAUUGUGGUUGAGGAUGCGGAAAAGAUUCGCACCCGGCUCACCAAAUUAUAUCCGAGAAAUUUGACACGCGAGCAACAAGUAGGGAGUGUUUUGGAUAGCGCCGUGGCCGGGGCUGUCUGGGAAAUCAUAGACUCUUCUGGGGAGGGCGGCCUCGAAAAACUGCAGAAGAGGAUUAAGAAGUUUGUGCUCCCAGCCCUGACUGAAACCCAGGAAUUAGUUGGUCGAGCGGAGGACAUUUUCACUAUCCAUUGAUGGUAGACGAGAUGUUAUUUGCUUCUGUUAUUCUCUUGACGUUCCUUGGGUCAGCUUAGUGCUGUAGACGUUAAGUGUCACGCUUGGAUUAGUAUCAAUCGAGAAGAUGAUAUUCACG